AUGGUUUGCUGCGUUGCCAUAAGGAGCUGUCCUCCGGAGGAUUUGGGUGUCAUUCCACCUGUACGCUGUAGCUCCGUGAACCUGGAAUUUCCACAACAAUUUGGCGUCAACGAACAGUCCCAUCGUCUGGAGGGGCUUCGCCGCGGACCCGGCCCAGGAAGGGUGGCCUCCCCAGCCUCUGGCAUGGUCUUCUCCUCGCGUGUUUGA